CCCAUGUCAUCCGGCAUGCCAAAUAGAUCUCCUGAUCACCGAUUGAUUCCUCAUAACCUUCAGUGGUUCCCCUGGGCGGCCCACAGCUCGGUAUCAUACCGACAUUGCCAAUGCAAUCAUUAUCAUAUCCCCGCAUUCAACUUCCACAUCACUGCUACCUAUAUAUCUGGGGUAUCCAGUGGCCAACAGGUAUGCUGGCUAGCCAGCGUGCCAGAGCUUGAAGAGUCAAUCAUUUGAACGCACGUAAGAUGGACAUCCCUCCGAAAUCCGAGUCGACAAGUAUCGAGCAUGCCGCCACCCACAGGCUAGAAUACACAGACGACGAGGCAAACAAAGUACUUCGUAAGCUUGACUGGCACAUUUUACCAUUUGUCUUCUUGCUAUACACCUUCUCGGUGCUCGACAGGGGCAACCUGGGAAAUGCAAAACUCGCUGGUCUUGCUACGGACCUUGCUCUUUCCAGCAAUCAAUAUACAUGGCUGGGAACAAUGUUCUACAUUGCUUACAUUGUCUUCCAAUUCACCUCCCUGGGUUGGAAGAUCUUCAAGCCUCAUCAAUGGGUGACAUUUGUGGUCUUCUUCUGGGGAACUGUCUCGACGCUGCAGGCAGUAUGCACCAACUGGAAAGGCUUGAUGGCAUGCAGAUUCCUGCUGGGCGUCGCAGAGACCAUGUUCGGACCCGGAAUCCCCCUAUACUUCUCAUUCUUCUACCCCCGACGACACAUGGGGCUGCGGUUCGGACUGUUCCUGUCGGGCGCGGCUCUGGCAAACGCGUACAGCGGAGCCCUCGCAUACGGCAUUAGCCACAUACAUUCAUCAGUCAGCAACUGGAAGAUCAUCUUCAUCAUCGAAGGCGCUCCUACAGCUCUCCUUGCAAUCAUCACCUGGUUCUUCCUGCCUGACUCACCCAGGGAAGCCAAAUUCCUGACUCCUCGCGAGAAGGAAAUUGCAAUCCAUCUUGCGGAUGACCAUCAGGCGCAGACGGAAGAUCCUGGACAAACCGGAAUCCAUUUCAACAACCUGCUUGACGCGUUCAAGGACUACAGGAAUUGGAUGUUCGGCCUGUCCAACUUCAGCACCAACGUCUCAUUUGCGUCGCUGCCAUUGUUUUUACCCACCAUCAUCUCUGAGUUCGGCACAUACAGUACCUUGACAUCAAAUGGGUUGUCGGCACCUCCCUACCUUCUCAGCUUUUUCCUGAUCAUCGGCGUGUCGUUCUUUUCAGAUCGCUUCCGGGUCAGGGGACCCUUCGCCGCCUUCUUCGCCUGUUUGUCGGCGAUUGGAUAUUUGAUCCUCGCGCUCACAGACGUGGUUGCAGCGAGAUACGUCAGCUGCUUCUUGAUCGUUACCAUCUUCGUGACCGUUUCCAUCGUCCUUGUCUGGAACGCAAACACCAAUGAGAACGAAUCGAAGCGAACUGGUGGCGUCUGGAUCAUCCAGACGGUUGGGCAGUGUGGGACAGUUCUUGGGACCCAUUCUUUCCCUGCGGCCCAGAAGCCUUACUAUCGUCGAGGCAUGUGGACUGGAUUCGGCUUCUCCUUGUUUUCGGCACUCAUCUGUACGACUUUGAGUUUUUUGCUCUGGAAAGAAAACAAGAGAAGAGAUCAGCUUUAUGGCAAGAUUGACCGUGCCACAGAAAUGGGACAUGAUGAGGAUACCGGUGAUCUUCCACCGGAGGCGAAGUUCAGGUACAUCAUAUAGACUGGUCAAGAGGUGACCCUCCGCCAGAGGAUAUGGGACUGCCUGGAAAUAGACGAUCCUAGCCUACAUAAUAAACCGCUCUGGUCUUGAUGGCACACUUUUGGAUAGACUACCGUCCUUAUUGAUAAUCUGACCUACCGCGUAGAGAGUUUCAAGGACAUCCCACCAUAAAGUCACGUCUGCACUGCUUUGGGUCUGUUCAGAAUAGCCUCACUUCCCCUGGCUAACUAGCUCAUCUAGGUGUUCCGUA